AUGGCCUCCUAUGCAUCUGCAACACCAAAUAAUUCUUUAAAACAUGUUGAAUGGAUGUGGAAAGCAAAUCCAAAUCCAUUUUCGUCAUCCGAGCCAAUCAUAUGGAAUCAUUAUUCGGAUUUAGAAAAUUUAAUUAUCGAAGAAGCAUUUCAAAGCAAACAACAACGAGCUUUAUUGGAUGAUUAUUAUAUUGAUUUCGAAAGUAAUCUGCAAAUAUCGAACACUGAUGAUUAUAGGCAAAGACCAAUAAAACGAGUCGUGCGCGAGCGACAAGACAAACAUCUACGAGAAACACGUUUUAUGGACCUUCCUGUUAGUGCUGAACGUUCGUUUGGUGGUCAAUACGGUUGGACAAGUCCCUUUGUCAUCGAAGUCAGAAGAGACCUGAAACUUCAACCAGAUGAUUUACCUUCAAAAAAGCCAAAUAUGAUUCCGAUGCUUAUUGAAAAAGCUGCUUGCGGUAUUGUUGAAGAAGGAAAACACAUUGGAAAACAACGAGAAGCCGAAAAAUUAGCUAAAAUGCUAAGAGAAAAGAAGAACGCUGGUAUGGAGGAAGUAUGGAAACUUUGUGUUUAUCUUUACACAUUGGAAAGUUUCCUCUACAAAACAUUAAAUGCAGCAAUGAGAUUAGUUGGAGAUAAAGAACAUGAACAAGUAUGGCGAAGUAAAGUUCGUACAUUAGGUCCAUUCUGUUUACUACUCUGGGAUGAUCCAUUUAAUCAAAAAGUGGCAUUUAAAAAGACACUUUAUCGAGGAGCCAAACUGACAAAAGAACAGAUCGCUAAAUAUGAAGAUAUGGCCAAAGACAAAGAGGCAUUUGGGUCAUUUCAAGCCUAUACAUCUUGUAGUCGCAAUCGUGAAAAAGCCGAAGAAUUUGGAAACACAUUAUUCAUUAUGAAAGUGUUGUAUGCCUUUAUUGCUGAUCUCAGUCCAUUAUCUGAGUAUUCUGAAGAAGAAGAAGAACUUAUUACACCAGGUGUUUGCUUUUGGGUUGAAAGUGUUGAAUUCAAUCGCAAGACAAAGAAAUAUUUGAUUCACUUGCUACUUCAACAACGAUUUUCAAGUAAGCAAGAAAAUAUUCUUUCUAAUCACACUUACAAUAUAAUAAUAAUAUUUCAUAAAAUAUUAUUUUCAUUCGAUAUGCUAUAUUAAGAUUAUAGUAAUUGACAAUAUUGAAAUUCCAUCAUAUAAAUAGGUUGAAGUUCCAUAUGUACUGUCAUAGUUAAGAAAUAGUAGUUUAUCUAGCUAAUCAAACUUUGCUAUACAAAUGUUAGUCCGUAUUUUAUCGGUUAAAAUAUGUAUGAACAAUCUUGAAAAUGCAUGUACAGAAUCGAAUAGGCAACCUAUUAAAAGAAUCACCUUUUAAAUAUUUCAGGCAUAUUGAUCCGCUUGUUGACAAUUUGACGCACAUAUUUUUUCAAUUCAUAGUGCAUAAUAUUCUUUACAAAACCGCUUAGCAGUAUCCUUUCAAUAAGAUCAAAGGAAAACUAAUUAUAUCUGACUAGUAAUACUAAACUCUCAUUAUACUCAUUUCGCAGUUUUCUUUCUUAUUGUUUCAAUUUUCCAUUGUUAUUUAUUAAUGAAGAAAAAAACUUUAAAUAUUACAUUUUGUAGACCACGAAAAGUUUUAUCAGUUGAAAGAGUAUUUUUUCCAUUCCAUAUAUCUUUCCAAAGAAAACAUCUUGUAAGUGUUCCUUUAUUUAAAUUUUAAGAAUCGUCAAUACAAACUCCCUAAAAUUUUGAUUUAGUUAAACAGGAUUUUCAAUUUUAUACGGCUUCAAGUUCAUUACUACGUUGAAGGAAUAUAUUCUUUUUAUCUACAUUUGAGACAAGGGAGAACUUGUGGAAACUAUUUUUCUACGGUGAGUGGUGUAAGUAACAAAAGCAAUCAUUGGCUUCAAUCUAUCAUUUCGAAAAGGCUGACUUUGAGAAGUGUCACAAAAUUGCUUGAACAUCCUUUCUAAAUUCUAUUAGAAACAACCUACUUAGUAUCAUAGGAAGCCUAUUUUACAAUAAUCUGAAGUCUGUUUAAUCGAAGGAGAACGAAUGAAUUUAAAAACAAAGCCACGUUGAGAGCGAAAUUUUUUCGGACAUAACACCAAUAAUCAAAUGUAGUUUUCCACUGAUACUUUUGAAGAUAUUCUUGUUUGGCAUUUGUAGAGAUUUUCACAAGAUAUUUUUUGAAAAAGUGUCAGUAAAAUGAGUAGUAAUUGAAAGAAAUUUUGAAAAACUACUUAGAAGAUAAUUUAUUGAGAGCUACUCACUUUAUUGGAAGCUAUUUUAUAUAUAUAUAUAUAAAUUGAAAAGUAUUUUUAAAAAGUUCAUUCAGACUCGGUUCGUUAUUCCUUCUUGAUGAUUAUAAUCUGAGGCAUUACUAAAAUGUCAUCUGUUACAACAGAACAAAGUGAAAGGCUUGAAAAAAGACUCGGACGUUUGUUUGGAUAUGAGUUCACUUAAUAUUGUUGAUUUUUUUGGGUUUAGACUCAUCACCGUAUUCUCUACAAGCGUAGUCGAAAACAGUUUGAUAUUUGCUUCUAAUGAAUUGAUCGAAAAGUUAAAAAAAAUAGCGACUUAACAUAUACAGUCGAAUUCGAAUAUAAAAAUCAUAAGGAGCCGAUAAAAGCUUUCGAGAUUUGAAUGACUUAAUCUUCAAAAUAAACUUACAUGAACUGAUGUUUAUAAAUGAUCUGA